AUGAGACUUGGAAAAAUAUAUUCAAAACAUAAUUAUAAUUAUUGUGAGCGAUAUGCCAUCUCUAUUUUUGCAUUCCUUAAAUCGAAAUUCUCUUGGAAAUCUUUAAUAAUAGCUUCUAUUUCUUCAAAUAUUUUUCUUAAUCCAAUUAUUUAAAAUUAUUUAUUCAAUUCGAUGUCUUAUGUCCCUACCUUUAUUUCAACAGAAUAGCCACUUUAUCUUAAAUUAUAGAUUUCUUAGAUUCCAGCAGCAUGGGAUGAAAUAAAAUUGAAAAAUUUUCUUUCAAGCUAAGGAUAUACGGUGUCUGAUGUGUAGAUGCUUAAAAAAGAUGAUCGUAUUAAAUAUAAUCUAAUAUCAAGCCAAAUCUAAAGGAGUAGCAAUUGUCAAAUUCAAUAAAAUGUAAGAGGGAGAAAAAGCCACAAAAUAAUUAAAGGAGGUGGCUGUGGAUGGAAUGCAACCUCUAGUGCUUAAAUGGGCUGAAGGUGAAAAAGAAAGGUUAGGAGUAGCAGAGGAAACAUCUCCUAAAAUAUAAAUUGAUGGCUUAUAGAAAGACUGUGAAGAAGCUAUGAUCAAAGAAAUAUUUAUGAAAUAUGGCCAAGUUACCGAUGUUUAGAUCUAGAAUUAAGGAUAAUCCUCAAUUAGUGCCAUAGUAUCUUAUACUUUUAAGGAAAGCUGCUUAUUAGCAAUAAAAAAUAAUCAUAAUAAGAAUUAGUUAGGGUACUAAAUUAAUGUUAUAAAUUAAGUGAUCGUCCUUUGGAUGUUAGAUUUUUGGGUUAACCUGCAACUNUAUAAAUUGGUUUGAACGAAAUAAAUAUGAGUUAUAUGUGUAUUAUUCCCUGA